AUGGGAGAUGUUGCUCUUUCGGAAUCUGACAUGAAGGCAAUGCAAGCGCAAAAAGACUACGGUGAGAGCAGUUCCUCCUCCUCGGACUGGACGGAUGAUGAAGAUUCCGAUGAAUUCGACGUACACUCGGAGGUCGAGGCCUCCCAGUAUGAUCUUGCGGAAAGCAUGAAUUGGGAUUUGAGUAACUCAACGAGGUAUGCAGAUCCCGUUUUGCGGUGUCUUAUGGUAGCUGGACUGUACACACUUUCCUCUUAACAAGUUUUUUCCUCUGCUGUCUAUGCGCAAUUUAUCUCUGAUACGCCGUCGAGGGACCGAAGUGUUUUUUAUUGGAGCCCAGCAAAGAAGUCUGUCACAUUUUCUGCUUGAAAUGCCUAACCCGUUAACUCCACAAGCAGAAAAUGACAUAAUUGCAUUAAUUUGAUAAAAUAGUAGGAUACGAAUAAAUGGAUGCACUUGUUUUAAAUUCGGCAAAGAAUUUUCUGUGGGAGAAAUAUUUUACAUAAUGUUCACCAAGGUAAAAGACUACACACACCUAAUGUCAAUACUGCUUUAAGUUUCAGCGCAGUACACCUCUUAGGUAAAUACUAGGAAGUGGGCAGUUUUCAUCCAGACCGCGCAAUGCAAAUUGAACAAUGUAGAAUCAACAUAUUUGAGGUCCGAAUGGUGUCCUUAGAUGACCACUAAUAAUGUCCUCCAUCAAACGAUUUGUCCUAGUCCAUGUUGUAUAAGUUCAUGCGCAUAACGGCUAGGCAGAUAAAACCUACUCAUAAAGCACUGUCCCAGCAUGUGCUAGUUGGCCGACCGUGGCGUAAUGUGACCGAAACAUAACAUUGCACAAAAACUGUGAAAGUCAUAUUUCCCCUAGUAAUUUAUGUGCGGGAUUGGCCAUCAGAAAACAUGGACACAUUGGUGGAUUGUUGGUGACUUGCAUGAGGGAUGCAUACCGAUUAGCUAGCAAAGCGCACUCAGUACUCCUGUCUGCUGCUUUAAAAUCUCCUAUUUUGUGUAGUCUAAGCAGGGUAGGCCAAUUAUAGAAUAGUAUAAUUAUAGUAUCCGUAUUCCUCUCUCCUUAAUUCUCCCUUUUAACUGUUUUCAAAGACGAGGACACAACGGGACACAUCGGACAUCGGCAAAACGUCAAGGAAGAACUGGGAUUAAACAUGGGUUGUGGGUGCCACCGUGGAAAAAAUCAGGUGGAAAUUAUAGCACAGGCGCGGGAGAGUGGAAAAAUCGCAGCCGACGGGCUGUGAUGUCUACAAGGCAUAACAUUUGGCCAUCUGGAAUCGUUCCUUUUAUAAUGAAUAGCGAGAUGUCCAGUGAGUACAUUGUGCCUUUCGCGUAUUAUUUAUGCCGUAAUUCAAAUUUGAGAAUAGGGCAAAAUGAUUGAUGCAGAAGUAACGCAAUUGAUUAGUGAGUAUUCUUAUAAUUCUUAUAUUAGGCGACUUUUCAUUUUGCCUUCACUCUAAAAACCUUUGAGUGAGUAAGGUCACGGGCUGUCAAUGAACUAGAAAUGGUCAUUUCGGAUUUUGUCCAAUAACGGUUGUUAUGCGACUGCCGGCAAAAGUUUUAUAUUGAAAGCCAAGGUGCCACCGGACGAUCAUAUCCCGCAACCUGAGCGUUUGGCGGACUUCAACCAUCAAUAAAUGGUUCCACACAAACAACCACAUUCAUGACUACCCAUAUAUACAAACAGGCAUGUGGUUAAAUAUACAACGGGCUCGUGGUCCGGUGAGUAGAGGCGUUGACUUCUAAACCAACAGGUCGCGAGUUCGAGGCUCGGGUGUUCCACACUUCGGGCUUGGGUAUGGCUGGCUGACGACGGCUAAUAAGCCAGAAAUGGCCAUUCCAGUCUCCCUUGUCUUUGUCGGUAAUAUCAUUCUGCCUAUAUAUAUAUGAGAUAACACUGACAAAGACUAGGGAGGUCGGAAUGGCCACUUCUGGUUUAUUAGACGUCAUCAGCCAGUCAUACCCAACCCCAAGUGUGGAACAAUUAAGAUUCGAAUACGGAAUGUCUAGUCGUGGAGUUUGGCACCUUACGAUUGAGCAACGGGCCUGUUUUUCUGUCAUUUGUGAUUGGGAAUAGUAAUGAUGACGGAUGGGCGCUCACCAACCAGGUUACGGAACAUGCGUGUUCCGUUGUGCGCCCACCUGCCAUAAUAUAUAUAUAUAUAUAGGCAGGAUGGUAUUACCGACAAAGACAAGGGUGACUGGAAUGGCCAUUUCUGGCUUAUUAGCCGUCGUCAGCCAGCCAUACCCAAGCCCGAAGUGGGUAUGACUGGCUGGCAACGGCUAAUAAGCCAGAAAUGGCCAUUCCAGUCACCCUUGUCUUUGUCGGUAAUACCAUUCUGCCUAUAUAGCAUGCGCCGCUGUGCGGCUGCUGGUUGGGCUCGAGAGAGAACUCUUAAGGCACAACGGAACGAGUGAGUUCCGUAUGCACGAUCGGUGAGCGCCCCCUACCAUUAUAUAUUUAUAUAUAUGGAAGUACUUAAUACGCUAUCCUCGAUUAUGCUACAUCACAUGCUCAACGCAGAGCCGUCAUAGACAGCUGCACAGCGACUAUUGAUAUUUGCAGAAAGUCAAUCCCGACAGAAAGAGGGGAGACUGUAUUGGUCAUUUCGGGCUAUCAACCGUCAUUAGUUAGCUUCACCCAACCCCCUGUGCCGCAAACGUGUGGUUGGGAAAGGCCGCCUUCCGACGACUGAUAAAGUAUAAAUGGCCGCCCCGGUUUCCCUUAUCUUUGUCGACGCUCAAUUAUCUAACCAGACACACUCCUCCACCAUAACGCACAGCGGCCUGGAUGCGGAGGACGAAGACGGGGUCAGAAAAACUCACGAUAAGCGUUAUUCGCGCUGCUUAGUUUUCGCCGAUACUACAACUAUUGCAGCACAUGAGGGUGCGGUAGCGUGCGGCUACCUGCCAGGCCAGUCACUGCGCCUAAAUUUACCACAACCAGGUAAGGAUCGUGCCUUAGACGGCUGCCAGCUGGCGGUAUAUCUUACUCCUUCUUACAACUUAUAGUCAAACUAAGGAGAUGAUUUCGGAAUGCGGCCUUCAUGUAGUUGCCUCUCAAGUAAAAUCGGAGGCAUACUUUGCGGGAUCCCGGUGCAUGGUCAAGAAGCAGUUCGUACGCCGCACGCUAGACGUACUUCUUAGCUUGUCAGACAUUGCGUUUUAGCCUAUCUCCGACUUCCCUGACUCUGUCUCGCCGCUAGGUUCAGGUGAGUGGGAAGGAGGAUGUACGGCCGGUGGUCUGCACGUCUGCAACCCCCUCCUAUGUUUAAAAUUUUCCGCAAGCCAUUGUCAAAUAUUAACACGCUCUAGAGAACACGGUGCGUGUUGUCUUUUUGUUUAUGUAUGUAUAUAUCCUUGCUCCAGAUUGAGGUUGGACCAUAGAGUUUAUGAUGAUAACUAGUUGUAGGUAUGUAAAGGUAAUCAUCAAUGCCAAUCACGUGCAAGGUGGAAAAAAAGAGGGAUCCCACUUUAGGAGUAAAGACACUUUGACUGUGUGAAUAGUCAUAAUUCCAAUGUGUAAACAGUAGAAAGGGGUUAGAAAUAAAUAAAAACCGACUCCGUUAUUACUAGUACUACUGUCCACAUGAAAAACUGCAGGAAUUUAUAGUGUAGCAGUCUAAACAGAGACAAUGUCUACGUCAUGAUAAGAAAAAUUAAUAAACAAUAUUUUUUAAACUGCAAACAGACUAACAUGUUACCCUCACGGUUUGGUAUUAGGAAGCCCUUCAUUGUUAUUUUCAUGUUAGACUUGCUUUUGUUGACAGUUGUAUAAAUAAUGCAUCAUAUGUGUCUAAUCAUGUUGCUUUGAUUUUACUUAGAUUCUGCAAGGACGGUAAUCGCGCAAGCAAUGCGGACAUGGGAAAGUCUCACAUGUCUCAAAUUCGUAAACUGGCAGCCCCAUCACAAAUCGUACCUUGUCUUCAGAGUUGA